CCGGACGCUACUUGACAAAAACAAAGCAAAACCCCCAGCAACAAUCAGUUGAACAGUAAUCGCUUACAUAGCGUUCGGAAAACAAUACCAGUAUUGGUGACUUGCAUUCAUAUUACACAAAGACACAGAUGAAUUUCCCAUCUAUCGUGGCCCUUGUGGUCCUACUGGUGUCCCGGCUCGGAGAUGUGUCCUCAUCCAGGUGCUCCUGGUCGUGUAAAUGCUAUCCCAAAACUAAGAUCGCGAUCUGUGGGAAAACCAAGCCGGGCAUCAGACGAAUUCCGACUGUGCCUAGCUACGUGCGCUACUACACCUUCUCCAACGGCAACAUCCCCGCGUUAAACAGAACAGCACUGUCGCCGCUCGCCAACAACUCCCUCCUUUCGUUGGCGUUGCUUAGCGACAGCAUCGAAACGCUGUCAGCAGACGUGUUCGUUGAUUUUCAGGACCUCGUCAUGCUCGAUCUGAGUGGAAAUAAAAUCGCGUUGAGUCUGUUGAAAUCUGCCUUCUUGUCUCUUGGUUACGAGCUGAAGAGCAUCAUUCUUGGCAACAUGAACUUUGGGGUUAUUCCACACGAUCUGUUUGAGACCAAUAAGACCCUUUAUGUCGAGAAGAUAAGUUUCAGUCACAACCGGCUGACAUCUUUUAACGAUUCAUUGCUUGUACUGACGCCGCAUUUAAUGCAGCUGAAUCUAGGGUUCAACCAGAUAUUCAAUUACUACAACCACUACCACAACAAAUACCCUAACCUGAGAAAGCUACAACUUAGCCACAAUUUGCUAAGAGAGUUUCCAAAUUUCUGUUGGGCCAAUGGCACAAUUCGCUACAACAGAUUGGAAAGUAUCGAUGUCUCGAACAACGCGAUUUUGUCACUGGGGAGUUUAUCGCCAACCUGUAUUCACAACAUUAAAAAGAUUGUCUUAGAUGGUAACCGAUUGACAGUACUUAAAAAUAAUACAUUCAGCGACCUUACUCAGUUAGUUACUCUACAUUUAUCGAGUCUGCGGUACUUAAAAGUGAUCGAAGAACUGGCGUUUAACUCCACAUCGCUUUCAAUGUUAAGUUUAAGUUAUAACGUAAAAAUUAAACCUAGCAUGUUUCCCGGAAAGUUUCCAUUUAUUUGGGCCACUAACCUCUCACAACUGAGUCUUCAGGAAACUCGACUUUUUCUUCCAUUGCAUUUGUUGAGGUCCUUGUUGCUUCAGCUAAAGUCCAUCAGGGAACUGAAUUUGCAGAGGACACGGAUCAGCACAAUACCACCGCGAACACUUUGUCAUCUUCGUUACCUGAAAAAGCUGGAUCUCCAGGGAAACUAUAUGGCAAGUUGGGAUGACGAGACGUUUAGUAACGUCACAGAGCUGAACUACCUAAACCUCGAUGGUAACCGCAUCAGUGUCAUCAACGAAACGUCAUUUCCGGUCGAGUUCAGAACCGCCAUUAAGGCGAUCAAUCUAGGGAACAACGACUUCCUUUGUACCUGCGCUCUGUUGUGGUUUCGCACGUGGAUGAACGAAGUAAUAAAGAACAAGACAAUAAAGUUCGUGAACUAUCCACGUAAAUACUACUGUAAAAACCCAAAACACCUCAGACUAGAUAAAUUUAACCCCACCGCUGACUCUUGCAAAACUCUGAAUCCCUACAUCAUUCCAUUUGUGUCAAGUGGAUCGAUAGUAUUGGUGGUCUUGAUUGUCACCAUCGUUAUAUAUCGUAAUAGAUGGACGAUUCGGUAUUGCAUGUAUACCAAGAGGAAACGGUCACAAUAUCCGCCGCUGCUGGGUGGCAAACACCAACUUAAAUACGAUGCGUUCGUAUCAUUUGAUUCUAAGGAUUCUGACUGGAUGAUGGAAGAAGUGGGAAACUUCCUGGAGGGUGAACUAAAGCUCAAACUGUGCAUCCACGAUAGAGAUUUCAAAGUAGGAGGCAUGAUUUUCGACAAUAUCGUAGAAACCAUGGAUCAGAGCAAGAAGAUAAUUUUGAUUCUGUCUAACAACUUCGUCAGGAGUGAUUGGUGCAAGUGCGAAUUGAAACUGGCUACUAAAGACAAAUUCGAAACUCACAAAGAUGUCAUUGUUGUCAUCCGUGAAAUGGUUGACAGGAAACAUAUGUUCAAAUCUCUCAAGGCGUUGAUAGAUAAUACUACAUACAUUGAAUGGAGUGCAGAUGAAAGUGCCAAAAAGCUUUUUAGGUGUCGUCUUGCUGAAGUCAUGGGUUGUGAACAAUUUGGAAAAUGAUAGAACAAUUUUUCGAACGACAUGUAACUUUCCGAUUUUCCAGUUAUGUUAACGCCGUUGACUCUUAGUUUUCAGGCAGGGUAAAACAUGUUCAACCGUUAAUUGUUUUGUUCAACGUUAACAAAUAUAUUAGUUGCAAGUGUUUAAAAUGAAAUGAUCAAUUUGGCCAACUCUCUCUCUCUCUCUCUCUCUCUCUCUCUCUCUCUCUCUCUCUCUCUCUCUCUCUCUCUCUCUCUCUCUCUCUCUCUCUCUCUCUCUCUCUCUCUAUCCAUUGUGGUCCGUAGAGGUCCGUAGCUGUCCGUAUUAAAUCCCUGAUCAAUCGUAGUAGUACUUGUAUGUUCGUGAAAAUGUUUAACAUGUCCAAAAAUUCAUCACGGAUCGAACAACCAUAGUACAUCCUUAAUGAUCCGUAGAAGAACAUAAUAAUCCGUUCUAAUCCAUAAUAAACCGUACUUAAACCGUACCUAUCCGUACUUAAUCGUAGUAAGUAGUAGUGUGACCGGGGCUUAAGGUAUAUCUGGUUCAAACUUGAAGGCUUUUCUUCUGCUUCAAAUAAUCAUAUAAUUUGUUUUGUGUACAUCGAGUGUGUUGCUAGUUGUUGUAAUAUUCAUAAUGUACAUUGUAGGUUAUACACAUUCCAGACAGUGUCUUAAUGUCGCAGACCCUAGGUUGAAUCAUUGAAACUAUACACCAAGUUUGGUUAAUCUUCAAACCUGUAACACAUCUGAAUAAAGAAGAAGGA